AUUCGAUUUGUUUCUCAAAUCUUAACCGAAAUUCCUAACCCUUCGACUUCGAGACUUCUCAUCCGACUUCCAAUCUUUCCCCCACAACCCAUCUCUUCGACCAAACCAGUCACUUCUUUGGGAGCUCGAAGAUUUGACCGGCAGAAGGGAUUGUGGUUGCUGCCAUUUUGGGUUCGACGGAGGAGAGGAACUUUGAGACUUCCGAGUUCCGACUUCGCCAUCCAUCCCUUCGCCAAAUCACCUUGUCAUUCUUGCCGACGAAAUCAUCCCUUCGUCUCGAGAUCGAUCUGGGUUCAAAGCUCGAGCAUUGUUCUUCGUCUUCAUAUCCAAUCUUUCCCCAGCAAGGCAGCAACCCAUCUCUUCUACUGUCGUCUCUGGUCUCCGGCAGCUAUGGAAUCCCAACGAGUCGCUUCCGAGGUUUGGACGCACACUAAG